UGAAGCUCGUCUUCUAGUUUUACCCGACGAAGUGACAAGUUUUAUUGCAGAUGUCGUGGCCGCGCAAAUGUCCCCGCAAAUGUCCUCUUCACCUGGAAGAACUCCUACAGUUCUUGAUGAGAUAGAAGUGCCCGAAAGUGGUUGCGAAACUCUUACUGAAGCUUUGAACGCGGCCUUUCGUGCGGUCUUUCUUCUUACGAAAGAGCAACACGAGGGAGGAGCAAUUGGUCCAAUUGGUCGUGGAGGUGCAGAUCAUGUUCUUGCUGUUACUACGGUAUCCGGCUUGGAAGUACACAAGUACAAUGACUAUCUUCGUACAGUUGUUUUAAAGCGCGAACAAGCUGCAUUCACCAAGAUGAGGACUUUUCAUAACUAUCAUGAAGGUCGUGGUGUUGAAGGAGCUAUGCCUAUGGGGGGUGCCUAUCGUGGUUCACAGCCAGCAGUCGUGCUCCCACCUCCCAUAACUAUUGGGUACAUUUUUGGAGGUGAAACGGAGCCUGCUGCACAGUGGAGCCGUCGGGCGUGCGGAAUUUCUACGCAAGAGGACUUCAAGCAGUCCGUUGGCCGUGUCCUCUCUAUCGUCGCAGGCGCGUCUGACGCGGUGUCACUACUUCGCUCGAUGACAGAAAUUCACGAGAGAGCUGGUAGGCAACGCCAUAUUACGGAUGCAUCAGAAGGCGUGCGCGAAUUGGUCACUCUGCACCAAAACCAAAUCUUUUUAGAUGAACUCGAUGAAGCCAAAAAUACUGUCAAUGCAGACCUAGGAGUAGGAGUAGGUGAUGUCGUUGUAGGAGACCGUCAUGCAAUUGUGUUCCCUCCACCCAUUUUGCGGAUGGGUGAAAAAGGGGUAGGAGAACAAGUUUCUGAUAGAAGCAUGUUCGAAGAGCAAAAUUCGCAAAUACGUCAGUUAAGGCUCCUUGGGGAGAUCCAUCUUCCUCAGCAUCUUGGUCCCUUUUUGAAGGGAAAACGGGCACCAAGAUGCUCACCAAGAUGGAUUUUUGCAAGGUUUAAGUCAGGCGACAGCUUUGCUCCGAAAGGAUGGCGCGACGCUUUCAAAAGCUAG